CAACCGCUUUUGCAGUUGGGCGGGUCCCCCACCCCCAGUGCCGUGCCGGCGCGCGACGGGGCGGGAGUCUGGCAGAAGUUCAAGUCGCACCCGCCCUCCGGAUCAUGAACCCUGGUGGACUCGGACUUGUUGCAAGGCGAGGACGGCGGCGAAGAAGAAGAAGAAGAAGAGCAUCACAACAAUGACGGUAAAAGCAUUGACGCAGAUCUCCUCUGCCGGCCGUAAUGGCGUCGGCGCAUUCGUCUUGCAGUGCAAGAAGUUGGACAUCCACUACAGUGACUGGGCCGGCAGCUCCCGGGGCAUGAACGGCUUCAUCAAAUCCCUCCUCCCCAAAUUCGCCGCCGCCAACCCGCAAAUCGAGUUCGUCGUCUCUCCCCGGCCCGCCAAGCACCCGAUCCUCAUGGGCCACUACAUCAACGGGCGCACCAAGGCCAUUUGCGUGCGCAACAUGGAGCCGCUCGAGAUCCUCAAGAAGGCCGAGCUCCUCCGCGACGCGAGCGGCGAGAAGCCCCAGAAGUUCAAGAAGCCCGUCACCAGCACGAACCCCAGUGUCAGAGGUGUCUGGUCGCCUUACCAUGGGCAGGGUAUGGCUGUAUAAAGCGGAAAAAGGGGGAGGAGCAGGUGCUGGUGCUGGUGCUGGAAUGGACUGGAUCGGUGCUGGGCUGGAUUUGGUGCUCGGCCGGUGUUGGCUCGGUUCAGUACCAGGUGGAUUGUAUAUACCAUGUUGAAUGUAUGAAUAUGAAUUGAGGACAUGAAAAGGGUUUCUGGAUGUAUCAAGGGUUUCGGUUUGGCUAUAUGGUUGUGAUCAAGUCCUUCCAGAGCUAUCGAGUUCCCAUGAUGAGUUGCCCCAGUUCCAAAGAAUCUGACAUUAUCUUCUGGUGCUUGGUGGUUGACUGUUGAUAUUGGAACUUGGGAUGAACAUCUAAGAGCGAAUGGAGGAGCCGCGGAGUUGCGGUAUCUGGUGUCACAGAAGUCAUGAACGGGCUACAUGAAGCGAAACUACGUUCUUCAAUCCCAAAUCGAACAAAAUCAGGACAUUUAACUAUUUUA